GGCUUUUCCUUGUUUCUCUCGCCCGCGUUGAAAGCGACGCUGUGAAUAAAGAUAUUUAUUUAUUUAUUUAUUGGGGGGGGGGGGCAGGUCUAUGGCUGCUACAGGCUUAUCUCUUCGUGUCCAGGAUAAGAACCGCGGCGGCGAUGUUCCCAACCCCGCGGCACCAGCACGUGGGUCCAGAGGGUCCCUUCAGCGCUGUUUAUGAGCCCGCCGAAGACACUUACUUGCUGCUCGACGCCCUGGAGCAGGAUGCCGAGGCUCUGAAAAGCGCCGGCAUCGAUAUAUGCCUUGAAGUAGGAUCUGGAUCUGGAGUAGUUUCAACUUUUUUAGCUUCAAUUGUUGGAUCCAAAGCAUUUUACAUGUGUACUGAUAUCAACCCUGUGGCUGGUCUAUGCACAGCAGAGACAGCUAGACAAAAUAGUGUUCACAUUCAGCCAGUAAUUACUGACCUGGUAACAGGAUUGUUCACACGAUUACAUGGAAAAGUUGAUUUGCUGUUAUUUAACCCACCUUACGUGGUAACUCCUUCUGCUGAGAUACAAACUCAUGGAAUAGAGGCAGCCUGGGCUGGAGGUAAAAAUGGCAGAGAGGUUAUGGAUAGACUGUUUCCACUUGUGUCAGACUUACUAUCAACAAGAGGAAUGUUUUAUUUAGUUACAAUUAAAGAAAAUAAUCCAGAUGAAAUUAUUAAAAUAUUGCAGGAAUGUGGUUUAAAUGGCAAUAAAGUAAUUUCCAGACAAGCAGGAAGGGAGUAUCUUUCAGUAUUGAAAUUCUACAAAUCCUGAAGCUGGUUUUUGGAGGAAUCUUCAUAUAGUACACUCUUUGCUUUAAAAUACUAUCUUAGAUUAAUUUGCUACAUUUAAUUACAAUUAAAUUCUAACUGCUGUCAACAAGUAUACAUUAGCAUAUUAUCUUAAUUCAAAAAUAUGCAUAUUUCCGUAUGUAAUCAAAAUUUUGACAAUAAAUUUAUAAAAGUGGAAA